CGAUAGAACUCAGCAGGAAAGAGAAUAUGCGCUGAGAUCCUUUAAAACUGGUCACACACCAAUUAUGGUUGCAACAGAUGUGGCAGCACGUGGUCUCGAUAUCCCCCAUGUUGCACAUGUUGUCAAUUUUGACCUGCCAAAUGACAUUGAUGACUAUGUGCACCGUAUUGGAAGAACAGGUCGAGCAGGAAAAUCGGGUUUAGCUACUGCCUUCUUCAAUGAGAACAAUUCUUCAUUGGCGAGAUCACUGUCUGACUUGAUGACAGAAGCAAACCAAGAAGUACCUGCCUGGCUCUCUCGCUUUGCUGCUCGAUCUAACUAUGGAGGCAAAAAUCGGCGUGGUGGAGCUCGUUUUGGUGGUCGUGACUUUCGAAGAGAUUCCUCUUACAAUCGAGGCGCUGCAGACUAUUAUGGUGGUGCCAAUAUGAACAGCGGAUAUGCAUCUGGUGGGUAUUCAUCAUAUGGAGCAGCAGGUGUGACUAGUGCAUGGGACUAACCGGACUCAUUUUGCCCCGUUAGCAAAUUCAGAAUUAGUUUUAAGUUUACACUAGCAAACUACUCACUUUAGAGCUUACUCUUGUUUUGCUCACUUAUGUUAGUUCUCUUCCUUUGUACUCAAGUUUUCACUUCUGUGGUGGUUGUCGGUUGUGACAUAGUAAGGGCUCUAGGGGAUGUGUAAAUCUUGGCAGGCGGUGGCGAAUAAUUACUAACCGAUUAGGAAUUUUUGGCCUCAUUUAACUUCUCCCUUUGGUUUUUCACUUUGCUUUAGCAUUCUGUAGGUGAUGAUGGAUGGUUGAAAAAAAGGUAGGUCAUGGUAGGGGGAGUUUAUGUUUCUGCCAGAAAUUUGGUUUAUGCUUCACUUUGGAGUAUUCUUUAAUCAACACAAUUUUGUUGGUUGUAGAUAUAUUCUGCAGAGCCCUUUCAAUCAAAGUUUGGAACUGAAGUUAUGUUCAACUUUAAACAAUAUUGUAAUAUCCUAAAGUCAGUACCAGAUUUACUAUUGUAUAGACCUUAGAGUAAGUUUUUGGAAAAGUUUUUGCUGUUUAAUACUUUCAUGAUUGGUAAUGGUUUUGUUGGUUGUGGUUUGA